CGUGUGCUCUCCUUCCUCGUCGGCAGCGGGACGGCGAUGCUGAUGGUGCGGUACUGGAUUGACAUCAAGCACUUCGGUGGCGCGGAAGCCUAUGAUCCAGCAGAGCUAUUCACGACGGUGGGCGGUUUCACCGGCCGCCUGGAGGUGUUGGAGCUGGACGACAUCGCUAAGCCCAAGAGCGAGAGGAGCCUCCUCCCCGUGCGGAGCCUUGGGCGACACGCGGCGUUCGUGGGCAACACGCACUGCCUGCUCAUGUCCACCGAGACGUUCCCGUCUCUUGCUACCGAUGCGAUAUACCUGGGCUACCGUCUUCAGCGUUACAGGACAUCCAAGUUCAGCGUCUACACUAUCGACGACAGGAGGAUUGAACCGCCGCACCAGUUCUGCCUCGAUGAAGAGUGGAGGCUCCAUCCCUCUGCCAGGCCUUGCAACCUUGACCAGUACCUCGUCUGCUAUGUUGACCGCUUGCAUUCCUGGAGCGGUGAUUGUAUCAGUAGCAAAUUGCCCCACCCCUAG